UGCACCUACUUCCCCGAGCGCUCGGACCUGGAGCCGCCGGCGCUGGAGCUGGGCUGGCCGGGCUUCGCCAGCGGCGCCUUCCGCGGGCUGACGCGGGUGGAGGCGCAUUUCCAGCCCGGCUGCGGGGACAGCAUCUACGGCUGCAAGGAGGCGGUGCGGCGGCAGAUCCGCUCCGCCCGGCAGGUGAUUGCCCUUGUGAUGGAUUCCUUCACAGACAUUGAGAUCUUCAGUGACCUUCAGGAUGCCUAUAACAACCGCCAAGUCCCUGUCUACAUCCUUCUUGACCAGGACUUUGUACCCCAUUUCUUGGAAAUGUGCAACAAUUUGGGAGUUUGUCCUGAGCAGGAAAGUAUGAUGAGAGUUCGAACUCUCACAGGAAGCACAUACUACAUGAGGUCUGGUGCCAAAAUUGUCGGGAAAGCCAAGGAGAAGUUCAUGUUAAUUGAUGGCAUUAGAGUGGCAACAGGCUCCUACAGUUUCACAUGGUCUGAUGGGAAGCUGAACAGCAGCAACUUGCUGGUGUUGUCAGGUCAAGUGGUUGAAGACUUUGACCUCCAGUUCAGGAUUCUUUAUGCCCAGUCACUGCCCAUCAGCCCAAAGCGACCGUCCAGCUGCAGGAACAGUGGCAUGUUUGAUCACCUGCUGACCAGAGCAGAAUCCUCUAAAGAAUAUACUGUGGAAGGCAACUUGAGAGCAGAAUUUGCCAGAUUGUCUAGCACUCCAAAGAAACUGCUAGAAAAAACAGAUCAGACUGAAUAUACUCCUGCAGGAAAGCUUUGUACCCUGGGGCAUUCCUGCCUGUGUGAGGAGGAGUCGUUCAGCAAUCAAGUGGCUGCAGCAGAGAAGAAAAGUGCAUCAACUCAAACUGGCCCGUGGGAAGAGAUGGCAGCUGUGACCAAAUGUAACGCAGCCACUCAGGCCAGCGCUGCCACAGCAGACACUGGCACCCAGGCUGCUGUCACAGCCAGAGUGACAGGCACUCAGACAUCAAUUUUGCUGAAGACUGCGGUGACACAGACAAAGGAAGAGGAGGGCACAGAAACACCCCUCCUUCCCAGAAAGCUGUCAAGAGAAGAGUGUUUUCUGUCUGGAAAGGCUGUAUCCAGUUCUAGCCUGCGAUCACUGUCUUCAUCAUCAUCCCAGUGCUCUCUUGCAAGCUCUACAGGCUCGAUAUCCUCUCUCCGGUCCUUCGACUAUUCCAGUAGUCACAGGGCCCAAUAUUUCCAAAAGCUGCACAAAGAGAGGCAGUUGCACUACUCGACGAUCAGGUCGAAGCUGAGCCACAUGGUGGAGGUGCUGUCGCGGCGGGGCCGUGCCCCUGCCGGCUCCCUCCUGAGGCACAGGCGGGACAUCAGUGCCAGCCUGCGCAGCCUCCGCGACGCCUCGCUCUUUGCCCUCAAUAAAUGA